AUGUCAUCACUUUUUAAUGCAUUAAAUGGGUUAGCUUGUAGAUCUGUUAUGAAAAGAGCCCAAAGAGGUUUAUAUGGUGGUAAAGAUAUUAUCUUUUCAGAUCAAUCCAGUUUUUCAACUAGAAAGACAAGAAGAACAUGGAAACCAAAUGUUCAAACUAAAACAUAUCAUAGUGAUGUUUUAGAUUCAAAUAUUAGAGUUAGUUUAACAACAUACACAAUUAGAUGUAUUGAUAAAGCAGGUUCAUUCGAUAAUUAUAUCAUUCAUACAAAAGAUAAAGAUUUAGCAUCUGAAUUAGGUUCAGAUUUAAAAGUUGCAAUGAAACAUGAAUUACAAAAGAAAGCAUUAUUAAUUUUAGAAAAUGAAAAACAAGAAGAAGAAUUAAAAUUAAAAUUAUCAGAUUUAGAAUCAACAACCAAACAAAUUUAA